GGGACCGUAGCUCUUAACACUGAGGUCUAUUUGCCUCGUCCAAUAUUAGCCAAUCAUCGACACAUCGGUAGCUUCAGACAGACCAGUACGAAGGAUCCAAUUAUCUCAACCCCACGUCACAGUCAAACUGGCUUCGCGAACCUGCAGCAGGAGAAUCUCCUCCUUAGCAUCCCACCUCCAGCAAUCACAAAGGCUUGUCCGAUUUGGAUCGACAUCCACAUCAACAAUGGCCCCUCAAGCCCCAUGGCGCUCUCUCUUCCAGUCUCAUCUGACUCAAAACUCCUCCACUUCGUUUACUCUCUCGACCGUCGACCACGACUCUCAACACAGACCCGUGCCGCGCUCGCGGAUCUGUGAGUUUCGUGGUUUCUGGCCGAGCCCGCAGCUCCAUGACCAGGCGGUUGAGGCGUUAAACAGCCAGGGCAUUGGUCAGAACCCCGCCGUGUAUGAGAGCGAUAUGAUCUCGCUCACGACUGAUAUUCGGAUGGAGAAGGUCGGCCAGCUUGAUUCUUCUGGGAACGUCGUGGAGGGUCUUUUCUGGUUGGCGGAUGCUGGGAACCAGUGGCGGGUGAAGGGGGAGGCGUUUGUGAUUGGGGACCCGAAGGGUGGAGCGCAUGAGGCGGCGGCGAGGAAGGAGAUUCAGACGGGCAUGAACGUAACAGGAAACGAUGCGGAUGUGAGUGGAUGGAGCUGGGAGAGACAGGUAACGACGUAUUUUGCGAAUCAUUCGCCUGUCAUGAGAGGUUCGUUCAAAAAUCCCUCCCCUGGUCAGCCGCGAUCCCAGGAGCCUGUGGACCCAGCCUUGAAAUUGGGUCAGAAGAUAGAUGAUCUUCAGGACUCCGUUGCGCGUGCGAACUUUCGGGUGGUUGUUAUUCGUCCAAGUGAGAUCGAGCGUCUUGACCUGUCGGACCUUCAGAAUGUGCGGCGCGUGAGAUGGACCUUUGUUCCUGAGAACAAUACCGAGGGGCAGGGAGAGUGGGUGGAAACAGAACUAUGGCCAUGAGUGUUGUGAGUAUGUAUGUUGCGCUGGCUUGGUUUUCCUGCAAAUGCUUUAAUAUGCUUUGUACGCCAUUAAGAACUUGCAUACAACGGGGACAAUGAUAGAACAAUCGUGCGAUGUUAG